UGAUCACCAGUCGACAGGCUCAUUUGAAAUUGGGGGAAAUGCUCUGCAGUCGCCACUAGGCAAAACUGAAACACUGGAAAGAUGUCGGACGCUCUCUGCAGUCGGCGGCAGAAACAAGUAGUUCUCUCCGGUACCGCACCUAGCUCCGAGUCUGUUGAUUUAGAUGGUGUCAUCGUCGACAUCCUCUCACGUCUACCGGCCAAAUCCCUGCUCCGAUUCCGCUGUGUGUGCAAAGCAUGGCGGGCAUUGAUCUCCGACCCUUAUUUCAUCAGAAAACACCUCAACUGCAUCAACACCAAAAUCAGUACCAGCUACUCUCUCCUUAUCAGGUCUGAAAUUUUCCGAUCCGCAGAGUACGAAGCAAUAUUGAAGUGUUUGAGCCAUGAUGGUCCUCUUCCAAGCAGAAGGCUUGAUUUUCCUGUACUUGAUCGACUGGUUUGUAUUUCUAAAAUUUUAAUAGUUGGCAGUUGCAAUGGCUUGAUAUGUCUAAUACUUGAUUUUGUUACUGAAGAAUCCUUUACCUUUAUGAUAUGGAAUCCUUGUACCGGAGAAUACCAGGUCCUACCACAACCUCCCGUUCAUGCCUCCCGCGGAUGUUUUUUCGGGUUCGGUUAUGAUUCAACCAGUGAUGACUACAAAGUAAUAGUGGGUAGCUCUAGAUAUGAAUUUGUUGUUGUCUUUAUGCUAAAAAAGGGUUCAUGGAGGAAGCUUGAAAGGCUCAACAGGUAUUUCGAGGUGAAUUGGCAUGGGUGUUUAGUUAACGAAGCUCUGCAUUGGGUAUUGACGCAAGAGGAAGACGGUUGGUUAAUCGCUCCAAGAAUAGUGUCAUUUGAUUUAGGGGAGGAGAAAUUUCAUGAGAUUCCAUUCUCCUAUCCUCCCGAUGCAAAUGACAGGCAGGGUUUAUUUCCAGAUGUUGGAAUUCUUUGUAAUUGCUUAACUCUAGAGUUUCAGACCAUGUAUGGCGGAGUUGACAGCAAUAUAAGCAUAUGGGUUAUGAAGGACUAUGGAGUCAAGGAAUCUUGGACUGAAGUCCUAAACAUCCCUCCAGAGGAUUUGGAUGAAGGUGAACUGUAUACAUGCAUUGCAUGCAUUUCUGAGAAUGGCGAGAUUUUGAUGCAGCUGGGAGUUACAGGCGCUUGCCCCAUGGCAUUAUAUAAUCCGAGGGAGAAGACAUAUAGGAUUGUCAUGCACGAUCAUGAUACCGUGGAUUGUACUGCUCCUUAUAUAGAAACUUUAGUUUCACCAUUAACUGGCAGUACUAGCGCAUGCGUGUGAGACCAACACAGCAACUCCCCUUCCCUGCACGCCUUUUGUUUGAUAUGCUGAAGACGUAUGCCGCAUUUAUGUUUUGCUCCUUCUGUAUGAGAUGCUGAAGUCAUAUAUCACGUUUAGGUUUUGCCACUACUCACUCAAUAUCUUCUAAUCCAAUGGUUGUUGGCAUGUCUGUAUUCGAGUCAUUACUUAUGAGGUGAAAACUGAAACUGAUCAGUACUCUUUAGAUUAAUUCUAACUUUUUCUGUAAAGAUGACUCGCAUUGGUAAAACUUUUGUAUGCGGUAUGCCUUUGCCUCUUUAUGUUGGGCUAUUAUCACGCUUUUAACGUAAAUGCUACUCAAAUUUCAAGU